AUGUCCACAGUUCAGGCUCAGGCUCAGGCUACUGACCCCAAUGCAGGCUUCAUAUGGAGAGCCCAGAAGGUCUUCCUGUAUCUAGGCGUAUUGUACGCGUUGCUCCUCGUUGCCCUCACGAUACCACUUUUCCAACUCCAUGCUGUUUACUUGCAUGCCCUGAAGUUCCCUCUCUUUGCUGAUUUCAACACACCGGAGAAGUAUGGGUUUGCACCUCACAAGACGCACAACCUCCGCCUGACCGCGUCCGAUAACACGACCAUCGGCGCCUGGCUCGUCCUCGCCGACGCGUCGCACCUCGCCAACCACACCGUCCCCACCGCCCUCUCCUCCCAUCCGACCGUCAUCUAUCUCCACGGCAACGCCGCCACGCGCGCGGUGCAGUUCCGGGUCGACCAAGUCCAGGCGUUCUCAUCCAGGCUGCAGACGAACGUACUCGCGAUCGACUACCGCGGGUUUGGGGACUCGGACGGCCUCCCGAGCGAGCACGGAUUAGCGCUUGACGCCCGUGCGGCGUGGGACUACCUCGUGCAAGAGAAUGGGGUUGCUCCGGCGGACAUCGUGGUGGUGGGGCAUAGCUUGGGCACGGGGGUUGCGGCGCGAUUUGCGAGCGAGUUGGAGAAGGAGAAUGUGCGGCCGAGGGGCCUUGCGCUACUUGCGCCUUUCUCGUCCAUCAGGGAACUGUUGGACACGUAUUAUCUGGCGGGAUUCAUACCCCUCCUGAAGCCUCUCGCUUUCAUCCCGGGCGCAGCGACCGUUGCGAAACGUUUCGUCUCGCAUAAUUUCAAUACGCUAUCUACGAUCCACAGCAUCAAAGCGCCCCUGGUGAUCGCCCAUGCCUUGAACGACUGGGACAUCCCGCCCACGCAUUCCUCCGUCCUCUUCGACUCCUUCGUCGCGCCACAUCUCCCUCCUCUGCCCUACAUGUUCCAACUCCAGACGCAAAACCCGCUCGCGCAACUCCAGCACUCGCAGAAGCAGUGGGAGGAAUUACAGGCGGCGUUGCAGAAACGGGCGGAGAAGCGCAGUGAGUGGGUGAACAGCUGGGAAGUUGAGCGGCUGGGUGAGAUAGAGGAGCUGGAUCGCGCCGCUGCGUUCGGGGGUGACGAGGGGAAAGUCGUGAAGGUGAUCACGAAGUAUGGCGGGCAUGAUAGGAUAGGGCUGCAGGAGGGCCUGCAGGAUCUGUUGGCGGACGUAUUCGGGCUUCGGACAUGA